GGUAGACUAAGCGACCUGUUGGAUGGGUGUGUGAUUCAUACUUGAUCGAUCAACAUCUCUUCUUCGUUAUUUAAACAGGAUUAAUGAUUUAGUGCAAGAUGUCUGAAAAGCCGAUUCGUGUUGGCCAGCGUGUAGAAGUCAACGGCAAAGACUCCUUAGGGACGGUAGCCUUCGUCGGCAGCACACAUUUCUCGCAGGGAAAGUGGGUAGGCGUCGUACUAGAUGAAAAGAAGGGCAAGAACAACGGCUCGGUGCAGGGAAAGUCGUACUUCCAGUGUGAUGAUGGUUUUGGUAUAUUUGUACGGCAGAGUCAGUUAGUCCCCUUAGACACAGAGGAAGAGGGUGAGGAUGGCUCUGCCGAGACCACUCCCUCUGCCUCUUCCUCUGCAACAACACCGGCCAGUGACAAACCCAAGUCCAGGUUACCUAUGUUUGGUAAAUUGCAGCAGCCCCGAGCGUUUGGGUCAACCAUUCCAACCCCUCCAGGUUCAUCCCAUCUUGCUAGAACCCCCUCCCUCACCAGUGUGUCCUCCUCCCCUUCCCUCUCUCCCCUUACAAAGACUCCAUCCCAGACCUCCCUUCGGUCAUCCAAGACUGACAUCAGUAAACUCCAAGGGUCGAAAUCCGACCUGACCAAAUCAGAGUCCCUUAGCAAUGUAUCAAGAGUUACCCCAAAACUUGACUUGUCAAAGGUUUCGUCCAAAAUUGAUUGUGGUGAUAAAUCCCUUUUAAAGCGCCCCCCCUCUGUGUCCUCAAUUGAUUCUAUGGAUGGGGGGACAGUUAGCCCUCGAGGCCCACCCUCCAAGGCUAUUGGCACCACCCCAUUCCGUAAGCCCAUUGCACCCACCCCAUUGAAGUCCAGCACAAGGAAGAGCGAUCCACAGGCCAAGUUGCCCAUUGGCAGCGCGGGUAAAAGUGGGGCUUCCCGUGACGAGAGGACCCCAAGCAAGGAAUCGUCACCACGGUCCGACAUGAAGAAGACCUCAUCGUUUGUUGAAGGGUGGUGGGUUAACACAGCAUGGACAGGUUUAGGAGAUAUGGAUAUAAUUGCUGAUUAA